CCUCCUCCUCCUCCCCCUCCUUCUUUUCCUCCUCCUCCUUCUCCUCCCAUCAGCAAGAAGACAAACCGAGGACAGUCUUGAAAUAUCGAAAUUUCCUCCUUGGGAUUUGCCAGCGCCGCGUUGCGCCAAGACUGUCGGAAUAAAGGACGCUGACUAUUGUAUUAUUAUUUUAUUAAUUGGUCAGUGGGAAGAUUACCGAUGAGGAAAGGGGACGCCUGUCACCCUUCCUGCGCUAAGAUUGAAAAAUGAGGCUGAGUUGGGGGAAGCCCUAAAAUGAAGCAAAAGGAAUAAGAUUUUUCAGGACAGAAAGCCACAGGAGCCCCCCAGACAGCGCACUUUUAUUUGUUUUUUUUUUUUUUUAAGAUUUUUUUUUUUUUUUUUCGUGGUGGUGGGGGAGGUGAUUGGGUGGCUGACUGGCUGCGGGAAGCUGCUUCCUUUCCCUUUGGAGAUGAUUGUGCUAUUAUUCUUUGCCUUGCUCUGGAUGGUGGAAGGAGUCUUUUCCCAGCUUCACUACACAGUGCAGGAGGAGCAGGAACAUGGCACUUUCGUGGGGAAUAUCGCUGAAGAUCUGGGCUUGGACAUUACAAAACUUUCAGCUCGCAGGUUUCAAACGGUGCCCAACUCGCGGACCCCUUACUUGGACCUCAACCUGGAGACCGGGGUGCUGUACGUAAACGAGAAGAUCGACCGCGAGCAAAUCUGCAAGCAGAGCCCGUCCUGCGUCCUGCACCUGGAGGUCUUCCUGGAGAACCCCCUCGAGCUCUUCCGUGUGGAGAUCGAAGUGCUGGACAUCAAUGACAACCCCCCCUCCUUCCCGGAGCCGGACCUGACUGUGGAGAUCUCUGAGAGCGCCACGCCGGGCACCCGCUUCCCGCUGGAGAGCGCAUUCGACCCAGACGUGGGCACCAACUCCUUGCGCGACUACGAGAUCACCCCCAACAGCUACUUCUCCCUGGACGUGCAGACCCAGGGGGAUGGCAACCGAUUCGCCGAGCUGGUGCUGGAGAAGCCGCUGGACCGAGAGCAGCAAGCGGUGCACCGCUACGUGCUGACCGCGGUGGACGGGGGAGGAGGGGGAGGAGGAGGAGAAGGAGGGGGAGGCGGCGGGGGAGGGGGCCUGCCCCCCCAACAGCAGCGCACCGGCACUGCCCUACUCACCAUCCGAGUGCUGGACUCCAACGACAACGUCCCCGCCUUCGACCAACCCGUCUACACUGUGUCUCUACCAGAGAACUCGCCGCCGGGCACGCUCGUAAUCCAGCUCAACGCCACAGACCCAGAUGAGGGCCAGAAUGGCGAAGUCGUGUAUUCCUUCAGCAGCCACAUUUCGCCCCGGGCGCGGGAGCUCUUUGGACUCUCCCCGCGCACUGGCCGGCUGGAGGUGAGCGGAGAGCUAGACUAUGAAGAGAGCCCGGUGUACCAAGUGUACGUACAAGCCAAGGACCUGGGCCCCAACGCGGUGCCCGCGCACUGCAAGGUGCUUGUGCGAGUACUGGAUGCUAACGACAACGCUCCGGAGAUCAGCUUCAGCACGGUGAAGGAGGCGGUGAGCGAGGGCGCGGCGCCCGGGACCGUGGUGGCCCUGUUCAGCGUGACCGACCGCGACUCCGAGGAGAAUGGGCAGGUGCAGUGCGAGCUGCUGGGGGAUGUGCCGUUCCGCCUCAAGUCUUCCUUCAAGAACUACUAUACGAUCGUGACCGAAGCCCCCCUGGACCGAGAGGCCGGGGACUCGUACACCCUGACCGUUGUGGCUCGGGACCGGGGCGAGCCGGCGCUCUCCACCAGUAAGUCGAUCCAGGUGCAAGUGUCAGAUGUGAACGACAACGCACCGCGGUUUAGCCAGCCGGUCUACGACGUGUAUGUGACCGAGAACAACGUGCCCGGCGCCUAUAUCUACGCGGUAAGCGCCACAGACCGCGACGAGGGCGCCAACGCCCAGCUAGCCUACUCUAUCCUCGAGUGCCAGAUCCAGGGCAUGAGCGUCUUCACUUACGUGUCCAUCAACUCUGAGAACGGCUACUUGUACGCCCUGCGCUCCUUCGAUUACGAGCAGCUCAAGGACUUCAGCUUCCAGGUGGAAGCUCGGGACGCCGGCAGCCCCCAGGCUCUGGCCGGUAACGCCACCGUCAACAUCCUCAUCGUGGACCAGAACGACAACGCCCCUGCCAUCGUGGCGCCCCUGCCUGGGCGCAACGGGACUCCAGCGCGGGAGGUGCUGCCCCGGUCGGCGGAGCCAGGCUACCUGCUGACCCGCGUGGCCGCAGUGGACGCAGACGACGGCGAGAACGCCCGGCUCACCUACAGCAUUGUGCGGGGCAACGAAAUGAACCUCUUCCGCAUGGACUGGCGCACGGGGGAACUCCGCACCGCGCGCCGGGUGCCGGCCAAGCGCGACCCCCAGCGGCCUUACGAGCUGGUGAUCGAGGUGCGCGACCACGGGCAGCCGCCCCUGUCCUCCACUGCCACACUGGUGGUGCAGCUGGUGGAUGGAGCCGUGGAGCCCCAGGGAGGGGGCGGGGGCGGUAGCGGGGGGUCAGGGGAGCAUCAGCGCCCCAGCCGCUCCGGCGGCGCGGAGACCUCGCUGGACCUCACCCUCAUCCUCAUCAUUGCGCUGGGCUCGGUGUCUUUCAUAUUCCUGCUAGCCAUGAUCGUGCUUGCCGUGCGUUGCCAAAAAGAGAAGAAGCUGAACAUCUACACCUGUCUGGCCAGUGACUGCUGCCUCUGCUGCUGCUGCUGUGGCGGUGGGGGCUCGACCUGCUGCGGCCGCCAAGCCCGGGCGCGCAAGAAAAAACUCAGCAAGUCGGACAUCAUGCUGGUGCAAAGCUCCAACGUACCCAGUAACCCGGCCCAAGUGCCGGUGGAGGAGUCCGGGGGCUUUGGCUCCCACCACCACAACCAGAAUUACUGCUACCAGGUCUGCCUGACCCCUGAGUCCGCCAAGACCGACCUGAUGUUCCUUAAGCCCUGCAGCCCAUCGCGGAGUACGGACACUGAGCACAACCCCUGCGGGGCCAUCGUCACCGGCUACACAGACCAGCAGCCCGACAUCAUCUCCAACGGAAGCAUUUUGUCCAACGAGACUAAACACCAGCGAGCAGAGCUCAGCUAUCUAGUUGACAGACCUCGCCGAGUUAACAGUUCUGCAUUCCAGGAAGCCGACAUAGUAAGCUCUAAGGACAGUGGUCAUGGAGACAGUGAACAAGGAGAUAGUGAUCACGAUGCCACCAACCGCGGCCAGUCAGCUGGCAUGGAUCUCUUCUCCAACUGUACUGAGGAAUGUAAAGCGCUGGGCCAUUCAGAUCGGUGCUGGAUGCCUUCUUUUGUCCCCGCGGAUGGACGCCAGGCUGCGGAUUAUCGCAGCAAUCUGCAUGUUCCUGGCAUGGACUCUGUUCCAGACACUGAGGUGUUUGAAACUCCAGAAGCCCAGCCUGGGGCGGAGAGGUCUUUCUCCACCUUUGGCAAAGAGAAGGCCCUUCACAGCACCCUGGAGAGGAAGGAGCUGGAUGGACUGCUGUCUAAUACACGAGCGCCUUACAAACCACCAUAUUUGACACGGAAAAGGAUAUGCUAGUCAAUUCUACAGGAUUUACCUGAAGCAGCAUGAUUUGCACAAAGUCGACCAACAAAAGCAUCAACUUUUCAACUUCAUUAUCUUGGCCAUCAGUUAGUUGUGUGUAACCGAGUACUAGAUUGCCGGCGGAGUCAUCGUGGCCAAUUAUAGGACCUAAUUGCUCUCAGCAGGCCUGAGAAAUGAGUUGAAAUGUGCAGAACUGUAGAAACUUUAGAGGCAACUGCUUUUGCCUCUCCGAUCAGUGUGUGCCUGUUUACAGCACUAUAUAUCUUUCUCUCUCCAAAUGUCACUGAGCCCUUUACAUGUUUAUAUUCACCACGAGAAGCCAGUCAUAAAGAUAAAGGAAAUUUGUGCAUUAUAAAUGCAAUAUCACUGUUUUAAACUUGACUGUUUUAUAUUCUUUUUGUGUGAUCAAGUGUUCCCCGAACUAUUCCAACUUUACAAGACAGAUUGUGAUUAUGUUCUUUUCACCUGUGGGUUAUAAAAAAUGUUGUAUUCUGAAGACCCACAAAAUAUCAAAGACAUUCUGUAGUUUAUACACCGUGUUGCAAAGUGUUUACUGUACUAUU